GGUUCACGUGUUGUUUUAUUAAAUAAAACUUUAAUAACAAAACCAAAAAUGGGUUUGGAAAAUAAACUAGAAGAAUUAGCCGUGAAACUGUUCACUAUCGAUGCUGUAAAGUUUGGCGACUUUAUGACAAAGAGUGGCAUAAAAACACCGGUGUACUUUGACUUGAGGGUUAUAGUCAGUUAUCCAGAUGUAAUGGAAUUGAUAUCAACUCUACUGUACGACUUUGCUGUAAAGGGUAGUAAUUGCAAUCAUUUAUGCGGCGUCCCUUACACAGCUCUGCCAGUAGCAACGUUGCUCAGUAUCCAAGCUAAAAAGCCUAUGCUCAUGCGGCGUAAAGAAGCAAAAGGCUAUGGAACCAAAAAAAUGAUUGAAGGACAUUAUAAGACCGGAGAAACCUGUCUUAUUAUUGAAGACGUAGUGACUUCCGGCUCCAGCGUACUGGAAACUGUUAAAGAUUUGAAUAAGGAAGGUCUUAAAGCUGAAGAGGCGGUCAUUAUACUGGACCGGGAGCAGGGCGGCCGGCAAAAUCUUGAGUCAAAUGGUGUUCAAAUGAAAGCUUUAUUUACUAUGACGCAAUUUAUUGAUAUACUGGCAAAACACAAAAAAAUCACAGCAGAAACUGCUGAGAAUGUUAAAGAAUAUUUCAGAACUACUAAAGCACCAGCUACUAAAGAGCCUGUGGAUAGAACUGCGCUGCCUUACGAGAAGCGAGCCGAACUUGCAACAAACCAGAUUUCAAAACAGCUGUUCCAAAUAAUAGCACAGAAGAAAUCCAACCUCUGCAUCUCAGUUGAUUUGACGUCUACUACAAAAAUAUUAGACCUUCUAGAGAAAGUUGGAGAGCAUGUCUGCUUAGUCAAAACACAUGUAGACAUCAUUGAAGACUUUAAUUCUGAUUUUGUUACACAAAUCAAGCAGCUGGCUCAGAGAUUUAACUUUUUAAUUUUGGAGGACAGGAAAUAUGCAGAUAUUGGCAACACUGUGGCUCUCCAGUACUUGAAAGGGCUGUACAAAAUUGGGGAGUGGGCGGAUUGUGUGACAGUACAUUCCUUGCCAGGUGAAGGUAUUUUGAAAGCUUUGAACGGGUCUACAAAUGGAGUCAGUCGAGGUGUCUUUUUAUUGGCCGAGAUGAGCAGUGAGGGCAACCUCAUCACACCAGACUACACUAAAGCUACAGUAGAAAUGUCAGCAAAGUACCCAGACCUGAUCACCGGCUUUGUCUGUCAAAACAAAGACACUUUCAAAGAUCCAGGUCUAAUCCAGCUGACACCUGGAGUACAGCUGGAAACUUCAGGAGACAGUCUGGGCCAGAUUUAUAAUACCCCAGAGAAAGUUAUACUGGAGAAGGGUGCGGACAUAGCGGUGGUGGGCAGAGGCAUUGUGGCCGCGAAGAGCCCGGAAACACAGGCUAUGGUGUAUAAGGAAGCUCUUUGGAAGUGUUACAUGAAGAGAAUCUCCGGGAAAAUGGAAUAAAACUUCUUUAGCCAACAUAUUCCGU